GGGAGUGCUAGCAUAGCAUCGGCAUGAGUAAAGUACCUCUCUGGACUGGGGUUUAAAACUUUUCAAGCGGUUACUGUCAGCUAACAUUUUAGCUCCUGUGUCGUCUGCCGACAUGGGGUUAACGGGGUCGAAGGGUGUCGGAGGAUGUAUCCUUCCGCAGCAGCGUUAACAACGGGAUGAAGCUCCUCGUCGGACCUAACGGGAUGCAGUUAGUUUAGCCUCUCCGGCGAAGCCCGAGGUCAGAUUUAUGUACCAUACAAGCUAGCAGGCGAGUUGAUUAUACAAGCUACAUUCCGCUACAAAGGCUGGGAACAGAUAGUGAUGGCGCGGUUGGUGUUGGAGCAGCUGUCAGACUUCGGGGACUAUACUGGCAGUAAAGAGCUGGCUGAUGUCUUUCAACUGACCAGCAGUCUGUCAAAUGUUCGCCUGAGCCCUGAUGGACGUCACAUCCAUGUUAUCCUCCGCAAGCCUAAGGUCGGUCUUGUGACUUUUGACAAGUAUGAGAGACCACAGCUGGCCCAGAACCAGAAGAAGCCGGAUUUGUGGCCGACACGAACUGCGCCUGUUGUGGAUAUCUUAUAUUUGGACCAUAAUAAUAAUAACAGCAGCAGCAGAGACGCAGCUGUGGCUGUGGUUUAUGAGGAUGGAAAAGCAGAGUUUUGGAAAUUCCGGGAGUGCACACCCGGCUGGCAUCUCCUGCAAACGUUGGACUUGUGCAACAGCCCCCGAGCCAGAGUGGUGUCCGUCUGUGCCUGCUCCAAUCUUAUCAUCUGGUGCGAGGAGAGGCCGCCUUCAGAAAGCUCCCCUGCCCUCAGCUCCCCCAGGAAUAAGCUGAGAUACUGUGUUUGCAGACGUGACUUCGAGGUGGAGGAGGGGGCUGUCAGCCUGGGGGGAGUGAAAAUCACCCUCCACAACAAUCCUAAAUUCACUGCGGUCGGCUCAGGCGAGUAUGUGCAUCUCCUGCCUGACUUGAAAGCCAAGCCGCUGUUGAGCAUUUCCUGUUUUUUGCUCUCCUGGUCCCCUCGCCACGACUCCUUCGCAGUCAGCUCCACAUGUAAGAACACUCCCCUGAAAAGGCUUUCCGCUAAAGAGUCUGACUUUAAAAGGCUGGUGACGGACUGUUUGGGAUAUUUAUCGACCCUUGAACCGCCUGAGAUCUAUGACUUCUGUCCCGCAGCCUGUGGAGGCCUGCUGCUGCUGCUCAGCACGGGCUGGGUGUGUCUCCUGCAGAAAGAUGGGGUGCUGCGGCAGGUGUACAAACUGGCAGACAACUGCUUGGUAAAAUCUGGUACUCACACAAGCCUCUGCUUGUACAAGGACACCCUGGCGCUGCUGAUAGGGCAAAGCCUGCAUCUGAUCGACGUGAACUGUGGCAGAGAGCUGGAAAAGAUCACGCUGAAGAGAGAGGGGUUGUUGUAUGUGAACCGGGCUGAAAGAUGUGCACCUCACCUGCUCUCAGAAACUGGACUUUUUGUGGUACUGAGGAAGGACACCGACUCCAGAGACUGCAACUCUAAGACGAAGCAGUCUGGCUUCAGCACAGUGGAGUGUAUUCAUCCUGGAGCCCUCCUGGUAGAGGCUGUGUUUGAGGAGGCCUGUAAAUACUACCAGCAGAGGAGCCUGAGCAGCACCCAGCUCACUGUGGACACGCUGAAGAAAGGAGGUAGGUUUCAGGCUCCCACCUCUUUGGCCUCCAUCCUCAGGAACUACCUCACCACCGGGUCCAGGCAGAAGGGAGCGGAGCUGUCCCAGAACGGAGGUGUUGGAUGUGCAGCGGGGCAGGAUAAACUAAUGGGCUCUGUGGAGGCUGAGCUCAAGGCUCUGGUCUCUCUGGAGGAGGUGAAGGGCAGUUUAGUGAGGGGGAGCGUGAAUGAGGUGGACGCACUGUGUGAGAGUCUAGUUGAGAAAGAGGUAGGGCGGCUGCUGUCGUCCUCAGAGCUGGAUAAAGAGGCUCUGCUUUACCUAAACUCCAUUUUCAACACCUUCCCCCGCCAGGUGUGGAGGGCGGUGCAGGCAGCCCUUCAGCUGCACUACAACGGUGAGGGCUGUCUGUCCAGCAGGGCCCCCCCAGACGUGUGGAAAACUGUCCUGAGUCCCGCUGUGACAGCCAGCGCCCCAGCCUCCCUCCCAUUCACAAACGGCAGGCCAAAACACAAUCAUAGCAUCAAAGGCGAUCACGUUGCCAGCUGCAAAGCCAAACCUGCCAGCUCCGCUCCCCCGGCUACCCUGCCCGUGUUUGAGCUCCUCUGCCACUCAGUUUUCCGCUUCCAGCCCAGCUGGUUGCCCAAGUUCCUCGAGCUCGCACAGCAGCAGCAGGGCUCAGCCGGCCUGGGCCUGAGCCUGGCCUCUUCCUCCUGGAGCUUCUCUGGCGGGCGAGGGGGGGAGGGCGGGGAGAACAACGUGCCGCUCUACAAACGAGCCCUGUGCGUCUUGUCCAGCCUGAGCCAAGACAGAGACCAGCACCAGGACUUGGAGGUGGAGCUGCUGCUGGUCAGCGGGCGACCCAACGCCAUCCUCCAGGCUCUGAGGAUCCUCAUGGCCAAGCAGCAAUGGGAGUGGGUCAUGCAGGUGGCCCAGAAGUUCUGCAAACAGAGUCCGCUGCUCAACAAGGAGAUUUUCACUACUCUGCUAUGUGAGGUGGCCCAGCACAGAGACCUGGACCCCUAUUUGGACCUGCUAUGGGUGCUGUGCCCGGAGGACCUCACUGUCACCACUAUCCUCAACUUGGUGCUGAAAAACCUCCCCUCUCCUAACACCCCCCCUUCAUCCUCCUCCUCCUUCUCCAUGUCCGCCCUAACCUCCUCAUCCCCAGCCCCGUUUGUGGACUCCCAGAGCAGCCAGUUGACCAUCGGGCUGUUGAAACCUCUGCUGAGAAAAGUCCUUCAGAGGGAGACCAGGCCUAGCCAGCGCUACGCAGACAUCCUCCAGUCGCCAUCGUUCCCCCCUCCUGCGCCUCCUCGCCAGCCUGCAGCGCAGCCCACGGCCGUCACAGACCCCAGCACGGACUCAGCUCUGGGCGGCAACAGCGCCCCGGCUCUGCUCGCAGGAACACCUGAACAGCAGUCGUCCACACACACAAACGUCCCGACGGCCAGGGUGGCACUACCUGCUAACCCAGUGUGAUUGACACAAAAAUGGACAAACACUCAAAAUGGACAACAAAUCCUGUCUCAUAACACAUUCCAGACAUAAUCGGAAUAAACUGUGAAGCUGUGUAUGUGUUGACAAUCAAUAUGAAGUAAUACCAGUAUCCUGCAGGUACCGUCAGUAUAAUGCAGUUAAUUGUGAUAUUUGAUGGUGUUUUUAAAAACAACUGGUAACUUCAGAUGACGUAUGACUACUAGAAACUAUGAAAUGACUACUGAGGAUCUUACCAGUGUAAAUACUGCAGGUAAUUUUAAUUCUCAAUGUGUAUAUACUGCGUCUGCAUUGUUAUUUAUCUCAUAAGCCUUAACUGCACGAGGAUGAGAAUGUUAUUGCAUAGACUUGCCUUGAAUAAGCCUUAAUCAGAAUACCAUCAAUAGAUGUAUCAUAUUGUGGUAAGACAGUAUAGCCUAGUGUGUAUCUGCUCAGUGAAAAACAAAGCCACUAACUCCCAUGUUUGGGGUUCAUCGUAUCUGUAGAAUAUUCUUUUACUUUGCCUUUAAAGUAGCUCUAACUUGGCUGCAAAGCCAAGCAUAUCUGCCUUUACCUUGUUGAUUUCAAAGUGUGCUCAUGCGGUGGGUAAUCUACUGAGUGUUCUGCAGACAAGCUGGCCUUUGUGUUCAAAUGUUUGUUUUAAGUGUGGCAUGAUUUAGAAGAGGAGGGGUGGGUGGGUCCAAGGUUCCUUUACUGACUUCUGGUUUUGUACACAACAUAUUACAGGUGCUGUUCUUUAAGCACCACCUGUUUUCGAUGGGCCCGACCAGACCAUCUUUAAUCCAAACCCAAAGCAGUCUGUCUGGCCGGCUUUUGCUUCCAUUUUUCCAUUUGUCCCUCCAGACUCCAUCUUGUCCCUCGCAGCUCCACUCACAGGACAUUCCAGAGCGAAUAGCCAGUAAAAGUGACUCACAGUUCGAGUUUAAAUUCAAUUGCUGAGGUAAUUCUGUUAGGACUUGAGUGUGGGUUGGGCACAUUGUGACUAACACAGGCGCCCUGCUGCUUGCAUAAGGUCAUGGACGUCUUCCUUCAUGGACCCGGUGAGGGUAAUGUUAUUAGAGAUGCUAGGCUCCUCCGUCUCUUUGGGCCUGUAGUUUUCUCUAUGCUUUGAAACUGAUUGCACUUUUCUCCAGUCCGUCACCCCAGUCAGUAUCGUUCGUACCGUGCUUUUUAUGCAUCUGUUGAGAUGAAUGUUCUCAGAUUAAGUGCUGGAAACAAAAGCGUAUUUAAGUGCCUGUUGUCUUUGAUGCCUGCGUCAAUGCUUUCUGUUGGAGCGGUCUGUGUAGUUUGUUAUAGUCAAAGAAAGUGUUUGUAUGUGAAUGUGAAGCCUCGAAAAACAAAAUGUCAGACGUUUGAAGAGUCUGAGGAAGACGUCUUAAAUGAGUGACAGUCAGACUCCAAAAUGCUGCUUUCACUUUCGCAGUGCUGCUCUUCAUUUACAGGGUAGUGCCACAUUCCUGCUGCGCCUCCUCAGCUCUGCUCUUAUUCAGGAGAAAGAACCGGUUUUAGCUCAGAGGAUCCGUUCUCUGUAGCGUAGAGUACGGUGUGUCUGGGUUUUUUGAUCAGAGUAACAGCUCCGGGCCUCUGCAGUCAAAGGUUGUUUUUUUUUUAUGACAUUUUAAUUUCAGCAUGCUGAUUUCUUGCUCUGGUCUGAUUGGUGUAUUAGUCGUGUCAUUCCAAGCUGUACGCUUGAACAAGCACGACAACAUCUGUGCAGAAGGUUUCAGCUCGGUGCCAAGAGUUUCACCGCGUGCCAGACGUGUUUGAGCCCAUCUGAGAGUCACCGGGAACUCCCUGACUUCCCCACACAGGCCACUCCGCCUGACGUUACGACUCUUCAGAUGUUAAAUAUUAAGUUGCCUUAAACUUUGCUUCUGGUUCCUGUUAACAAAUAGGAAUUCCUCCUGGGUUUGCUCGGCAGUUUCACACAUUGUCUCCUUGUUUACUUUUGGCGUUGCUCUCCUUCAAGCAGUAUGUGAAAAAAGAAACAUAUAAAAGUAUUUAUGA